GUCUGUAUUUGUCUCUGCAGGUUGAAAGGAUGUGAUCUGACUUCCUCCUGCUGUGAUGAUCUCCGCUCCAUUCUUAUCACUAACCGAUCCCUCACCAGACUGGAUUUAUCAGAUAAUGAUCUCCAAGACUCUGGAAUGAGACGUCUGUGUGAGGGACUCCGACAUCCUGGCUGUACUCUGCAGGAGCUGAGAAUAUUUAGGUGUAAUGUGACAUUAUGGUGCUGUGAUGAUCUCUGCUCCGUGAUCUCCACAAACCGAACUCUGACCAGACUGGAGGUGAUAUUGUAUGAGGAUGAGGAUGGUGAGAAGAUGUCGGACUCAGAAGGGGAUCGUUGUUAUCAGGUCCUCCGGAAUGCCGGCUUCACUGUGGAUAGAGAACGGGAUGUACCAUGGUGGGAUGUAUCUAUACACAGAAGAAGAUUAGAAAAUGGUCUGUGGGAAGUCCUCCCCCCCCCUUGCAGGUAAUACACAGAUCCUGAUAUGA